CGUAGUUACGCGGGUCGUGUCGGACUAGGUGGUUGAGGUCGGCGGCGCGCCCUGGCACGUGCGGUGCCUGUGGCGCCGGAACCUGUAGAGAGGCUCAGACGGGAGCCGAAUGCCCAACGCGAGUGAGGAGUUUGGGGACGACACAGACUGCGCAGCAGCUGCCAUGAGCUCCAAAAAGGUGUUCUCGCUGAAGGAAGUGGAGCAGCACGUUGGCGAGCAGAAAAAGGACGUCUGGAUCGUCAUCCACGACCGAGUAUACAAUGUUACCGGGUUCCUGGAUGAGCACCCGGGCGGUGAGGAGGUGCUCAAGGACAUGGCCGGCAAGGUGGCCACCGAGAACUUCGAGGACGUCGGCCACUCAACAGACGCCCGCGAGCUGAUGAGGAAAUACGAGAUCGGCGAGCUGACCGAGGAGGACAAACUUCACACCAAGGAGAAGAAGUUUACUUGGGCGGCUCCCCAGGAGACGAGUUCGUCGGGCUGGAGCUGGAUGGUGCCGGUGCUGGCCGCGCUGCUGUUCUCCCUGCUGUACCGGUACCUGGCGGCAUGAGGCGUCGGGACUGCACGCGGCCGCCGACAGGCCGGACACACUCAGCGCGUGCGCCAGCUCAGCACCGAUGCCGCCCGCGAGCUGCACGCGCUCAACGCACCCGCAGUGCCCUCCUGCGUCGUGUCGCGCGCCGGCAACUAAUUUUCAGAGUAAUUAUUAUGCCAUUUACUGGUGGGUCACAAUGAUGAAUCGUUCCCAAGUAUAGUUGGUGGCUGCAUAUAUUUUUGUAUGGCCACUUCUCUACUAGAUUGGCACGAAUUGCAUAUCGAACCGGCUGACUACGGAGCUGGUUUAGAGUUUCUUUGCCGAGUGGGUACGGACCGUCGGGUGUCUUCGCUUUUCCUUAAACAAUGUGUAUAGGUGCCGCCAAAUAUAUGCUGCUGUAAACGAG